AUGGCAGAUUAUGCCACCCUUUUAGUCCUCUUGUCCAUGGUGGCAACCGCCCGUUGCAGCUGGAUCAGCGGUGGUGCCCCGCCCCCGGCCAGUAUAGGAGACUACGAUACCCUAGGAGAUGAAUUACUAGAUCCCCUCGCCCCGGCCAGCAAGCUCAUGGCCCAGGAGAAAGAUGAAGUCGCCCCUGGACCUGAGGGCAACUUUAUGAUCGAGGGAAAAGAUGAAGAAGAUGAAGACGCACCUGGGCCUAGUAGUGACUUCAUGGUCGAGGUGAAAGAUGAAGCCGUCCCUGGACCCAGUGACGACACAACGGAUGAGGAAAAAGGUUCAAUCGCUGAAGGUCCUGCCGCCGCCGACAAAGAACGCGUUAUGCGUCUCCAGCUAAAAGAAUCUGCGCCCGCCGAUGGCCAGGGGUUUAUUGUUCAGGGUAAAGUUUAUUGUGAUCCAUGUCGAAUCCAAUUUCCGACCAAGAUUAGCUACCCGUUGCCGAACACCAAGGUCAGCCUUCUGUGCCACAAAGAGGAGACGGAUGAGGAAACCUAUAGGCUCGAGGGAACAAGCGAUGACAAAGGGAAGUAUACGCUUAAAGCAGUUGGUGACCAUGCAGACGAGGUUUGUGAAAUCAGCGUCUCAGAAAGCCCGGAUCCUAAAUGUCCCGAACUCAUGGAUGACGAGAACCACGUUAGGGUUUCUCUGACCAACAAGCAGGGUGCGAAAGGUAACGCACGUCUUGCUAACCCUCUCGGGUUCAUGGUCACCGAUGCCGAUCCUCGUUGCAAGGAGGUUCUUGAUGAGCUCGGUUUCACCGGAAUUUAA